AUGGCCUCACCAAUUCCCCGCGGCCUCAAACAGGUCCUCGCCAAGUCCCCCAACGACAUUGUCAUCCUCUCGUCCUUGCGCACACCGGUCACCCGCGCCAAGAAGGGCGGCUUCAAGGAUGCCUACCCGGAAGAGCUGCUCGCCAAUGUGCUGCGCGCAACCCUGAAGGCCAACCCCAACCUGGACCCCGCGCUAAUCGAUGAUGUGACUAUCGGUUCCGUGCUGCAAGAGCUGGGCGGUGCAAAGGCCGGCCGCAUGGCGCAGAUCCACGCUGGAUUCCCUCACUCCGUGCCCUUCAACACCAUCAACCGCCAGUGCUCCUCCGGCCUGGCCGCCAUCACGGCCGUGGCAUACGGCAUCCGCGCAGGCGCGCUCAACGUCGGUGUCGGCGGUGGUAUGGAGUCCAUGACCCGCAACUACGGCUCGCGAGCUAUCCCGACUGUCCUGUGGCCCGAGCUGAAGGAGUCGCACUCCCAGGAUGCGAAGGACUGCAUCAUGCCCAUGGGUCUGACCUCCGAGAAUGUCGCCGAGAGGUAUGGUAUCUCACGCGCUGACCAGGAUGCUUUCGCGGCUGAGUCGCACAAGAAGGCAUCUGCUGCCCAGAAGGCUGGUCGCUUCGAUAGCGAGAUUAUUCCCGUUACUACUAAGACCCUCGAUCCCGAGAACCCCGAUGCGCCAGCCAAGGAGGUCACCAUUACUCAGGAUGACGGUAUCCGCCACAACCUCUCCGUUGAGAAGAUGGCUUCCCUCAAGCCUGCCUUCAAGCCCGACGGCGCUAGCACCGCCGGUAACAGCUCUCAGGUCAGCGACGGUGCCGCUGCUGCUCUCCUAAUGCGCCGCUCCACCGCCGAGGAGCUCGGCCUGUCCGGCUCCAUCAAGGCUCGCUGGGUCGCCACCGCCGUUGCUGGCUGUGCUCCCGACGAGAUGGGCGUCGGCCCUGCUUUUGCUAUCCCGAAGCUGCUUGAGACCGUUGGCGUGCAGGUUCCCGAUGUCGGCGUCUGGGAGAUCAACGAGGCUUUUGCCUCGCAGGCUCUGUACAGUGUCCGCAAGCUCGGCAUUGACGAGGCCAAGGUCAACCCCAACGGUGGUGCUAUUGCUAUCGGUCACCCUCUUGGUGCCACUGGUGCCCGCCAGCUGGCUGAUCUGAUCCCCGAGCUUGAGCGCAGCGGUAAGGAUAUCGGUGUUGUCAGCAUGUGCAUUGGUACUGGUAUGGGCAUGGCUGGUAUGUUCGUUCGGGAGUAA